AUGUCGAGUGUUGCUGGUACCGGUAGUGAUGUCCAAACCAAAGAAUAUAUUAAGUUCAUAAUAGUGCUCGCGAAUGAAAUCACGAAUGACAUCUUUGAUAAAUUGAAGUAUGCUCUUCACCAUGUUAUCCCAAGUGCGAUAAUGGAGAAGCUGCGAAAACCUUUGGAUCUUUUCAAAGAGCUUGAAAAACGUCACAUUGUUGGACCUGAAAACCUUGACGAGUUGCGGGACUACUUAGAAAUGAUCCAGGAGAGAAAUUUGAUGUUUAUGCUCGACAACUUCGCAUGUUCGUGCGGGAUUUCGCAAUCAAAAGCCACCGCGAAGAAGCCACUUGAAAACUAUCUUAUCAUGAAUCAUUACUAUUUGAAAAUUAAAGGUGGACAACACUACAGCAGUGAGUCCGUCGGAGAAUAUGUUGAACUAACAAGCGGAAACAGUUAUGCAUUGGUUGUCAAGAAUCCCCUCUUCCAUAGAUGUCGUUGUACGAUUAAGAUUGACGGACAUGUCGUAUUCCCUGGGUAUAUAAUCAACCCACGUCAAAGCGCUACCAUUGAACGUCCGUGCCAACGUAAUGGGAAAUUUAGAUUCUUUUCCCUCGAACACGCUCCGUCCGGAUCUGGGAUCAACAAAUGGAAGAGUGAAAAUGGACUUGUUGAAGUCACGUUUACUCCAGAAAGAGCGGACAUGACAGUCGUUUGCCGUGUUUCAAAUGAGGACUGUAGUAGAUGCAUCACCCUGACAUGUUCGAAUCAGACAACCGACGUUGGUCUUCUCAAGAUGAUUUUAUCAGCCUUUCAUUUCCCUGAAGCGAUGGCAUUCUCCGUUCAUUUUGGUUGCAAGCCCAUUGGUCAACGAAACAUCAAGCUUACCGAAUAUG